GGACAACAGCAGCAUCGGGUCAUGAAGAAGUGUCCCUAACUUUAACAAGUACGGAGGAAAGCCUUUCAGCUGCAGACCUUUGAACUGCUUUAGUAACGCCCAUGUACGCGGAGGUAUCAGCAGCUUUCGGUGGAGAACACUCGCUUAUCCGGAUUUUGUCAGCGGGAUUGUAGUCCUUAAGCGCACCGACUCAGACCAUCAGCUCCGCCAGAACCCACAGGGGGCCGUGAGUGCAUCGGGCCAGCGUGGGCUUCGCACGCACCGCAGAGAAGAUGAAUAUCCAGGUUCUGCCAGAACACAAGCUCUCGUCGGUGGCCCCGCUGAAACAGUGCAAUGUGGAGAAAAAAGAGGUAGAACUGAUACUGGUGAAGGACCAGAAUGGCGUCCAGUACACCAGUUCCUCCAUCAUUCCCACCCCUGGCCGCCUCGCGGUUCCUCCCGGAUCAGCCGAGGACGACCGAGAGACUUGGGGCAAGAAAAUAGACUUUCUCCUGUCGGUCAUUGGCUUCGCGGUGGACCUGGCCAAUGUUUGGAGAUUCCCUUACUUGUGCUACAAAAACGGAGGAGGUGCCUUUUUGAUCCCAUACAUCCUUUUCUUGGUCAUUGCGGGGAUGCCAUUGUUCUACAUGGAACUUGCCUUGGGCCAGUACAACAGGGAAGGGGCAGCUACAGUUUGGAAAAUUUGUCCUGUCUUUAAAGGUGUGGGCUACACUGUGAUCCUCAUAGCCCUGUAUGUUGGCUUCUACUACAAUGUCAUCAUUGCCUGGUCCCUCCACUACCUGUUCUCCUCCAUGACCAGUGAGCUGCCAUGGCUCAAAUGUGGCAACAUUUGGAACAGUGAGAACUGCACUGACCCCAAAGCCAUCAAUGGAUCAGUCCUCGGCAAUGGAACGUCUUACGCCAAGUACAAGAUCACCCCAGCGGCUGAGUACUAUGAACGGGGUGUGCUGCAUCUCCAUGAGAGUAGGGGUAUCCAGGACCUGGGCCUGCCUCGCUGGGAGCUGAGCUUGUGUCUGGUCGUGGUGGUCUUUAUCCUCUACUUUAGCCUGUGGAAAGGUGUCAAGUCCUCAGGGAAGGUGGUGUACAUCACAGCGACCAUGCCCUAUGUGGUCCUUUUCGUUUUGCUGAUCCGAGGCAUAACACUACCAGGGUCCAUGGAUGGCAUCAGGGCCUACCUCCACAUUGACUUCAAGCGGCUCAACAAUCUAGAGGUGUGGAUUGAUGCCGCCACCCAAAUAUUCUAUUCACUAGGAGCAGGAUUUGGGGUCCUCAUUGCAUUUGCCAGUUAUAACAAAUUUGACAACAACUGCUACAGGGACGCUCUCUUGACCAGCACUGUGAACUGCGUCACCAGUUUCUUCUCAGGGUUUGCCAUCUUUUCUGUGCUUGGAUACAUGGCUUACAAACAUAAGGUGAAAAUAGAAGAUGUGGCAACAGAGGGGGCAGGAUUGGUGUUUAUCAUCUACCCCGAGGCAAUUUCGACACUGCCUGGCUCAACAUUUUGGGCUAUUGUUUUCUUCAUCAUGUUGCUGACUCUGGGUAUUGACAGCUCGAUGGGUGGCAUGGAGGCCGUCCUCACAGGCCUGACAGAUGACUUUAAGAUCCUCAAGAGAAACAGGAAGGUCUUCACCUUCGCCACAGCCUUUGGAACCUUCCUGGUUGCCCUCCUCUGCAUUACUAAUGGUGGGAUCUACGUUCUGACCCUGUUAGAUAAGUAUGCAGCAGGGACUUCUAUACUGUUUGGUGUGCUGAUCGAGGCCAUUGGAGUGUCAUGGUUUUACGGUGUGGACCGCUUCAGUGAAGAUAUCGAGCGGAUGAUGGGCUUUAAGCCAGGUCUCUACUGGAGGCUGUGUUGGAAAUUUGUCAGCCCAGCUUUUCUGCUGUUUGUCGUAAUAGCCAGCACUGUGACAUCGUCAGGCCUCAAGUAUGAUGAGUACGUCUUCCCUAACUGGUCUAACGUUGUUGGCUGGGGUGUGGCCAUGUCAUCCAUGCUGUUUGUCCCCUGCUAUGCCAUAUAUAAAUUCUGCACCGUACCAGGAACAUUCAAACAGAGGAUAGCCUAUUGCAUCACUCCAGAACAUGAACAUCAUUUGGUGGCUGAGGGAAAUAUACGUCAGUUCACACUCAAGCAUUGGUUGGCCAUUUGAUGACCAAUAUCCAGAAUUCCCUCAUCCAUCCUCACAUCUGGUGUUUGGAGUUCCUUUGUGCCACCAGUGGUUGGACAGACAAGGAGAGCAGCAGGCUCCCACCUCUCUCAGCAGUCUGCCUUUCUCCCUGUCCAUUCAAUACCCAAGGCCUUUGUUAACAGUAGCUUCAAGCACUUUGAUUCCAGAGUUAUGCCUGUUAACAUUUUGAAACCAUUAAACAGCUUCAGCUAAUGGGGACAAUGUACUGUUAUUUGCCCAUAAAACAUUGUUAUGGUUUUUAUAUAAUAUCUUAAUUAAGCAGAAAUUUGGUUGUGAUUUUGUAUAGUUUGUGAUGUGACUAUUAUCUCUUAGAAGGGACAGAAACUAAAAUUAAAACCAAAACAAUCCCAUUAUCCUGUGUAUUACUGUACAAGGGACCCAAAUAUUACAUUUUUUAACUUUUUUUAGGCCUAUGAGUAGUGAUUAUAACAUUAAUAUUGGAAGAAAGUCUUUUUGCCGUUCUGUUGGCAGAGUGGCUUAUCUGUGUCAGUGCCUUAUCAAGUGAGACACUCCAUGUUUCUUACAGUCCGUACAGCAAGAAAUGAUAUAAACUGUGUUGACUCAGGAACCCACCAAAUCAAGCCACAGUUUGUGGACGGCAAUCUCUCAAUUUGAUCCAGUCAAACAGCUGGAAGUCAACAGCGCAAGGUCAAGCUCCUUAGCAAAGAUUAUAUUAUAUCAGGCCUGAUAAUGCUUUUGUCUCACAUUCUGUUACAGAAAAGGGAAUAAUUCACGCAUCACACCGAAGCUUUAAAAAGACCCGAGACAGGCUUCAUCCACCUUUUGUGUUGUGAAAGGCCAGUCUCAUAACCAGGCUUUAAUUUCAAAGGCUGAACUUGGUCAGUUCCUGGCUGCUUACUGAGGCUGAACAAUUCAGAAUAACAAAUGGCGUAACUGUUACAGUUUCGUAUUAUUGUUGUGUUACUUUUACUUUCCCAUUUUUUUUGGGAUACACGUGGCUUUUCCUCCAAAGACAUAGUGAGAGAGAGAGAGAGAUAGCUGUGAGAGAGAGAGUGUGUGUGUGUGUGUGUGCGUGCGUGCGUGCGUGCGUGUGUAUUGGGAUGUUGUUGCCAACCAUUCAUUAUGCUGUAAGCGCACAGUACAUGGAGGACUGACAACUUUCACUGCACUGUGUAGUAACUUAAAUACAUGAUAAUAACUCUUAUUUCAUCUGAAACAUAUCUUGUGAUGUUCCACUUUUUCAUCAAUAUAGAAGUGCCAAUAUGUUUAUUUAGGAAUGUUUUUAAUUAUCUAUUGUUUUAUCUUUUUUUAUUUAUUUGAAUGAAGUUGAAUUUCAACCAUGAGUUCUAGCCCUUGAUGAAAGGAAUAAAGCCACAAAGAAAAAAAAUCAAAUAUAUGUGGAAUAUAUAAGAAGAUAUAAAAAAUAUAUAUAUAAAUAUAUUCUUUUGUUAUGUAUAAUCUUGUAUUUAUCAAAUUGUUUAUAACAAAACGUGAAUGUAAAGUAUUUUAAGCGUAACUGUCCACAGUCAUAACAUGGUGUUUGAUGUAUAGCUACGAUGAACUAUUUAGAGAAAAUAUUCUUCAGUGUAACCCUGGGCCACUUUGUCACAUGUGAAUGUGAACAAAUACACCCUGGCUUUCCUGGACUAUGUUUACAAAAAUACUGUGUACAAUACCAAUGUCCUGUUGAACGUGAGUGACAACUAUCAAUGAAGAAGUCUGAAGUAUUCACACUAUGAUAAUAAAG